CACCAAUAUAUUAACUGUGGCUUCGUUCCUCCUCAUUAUAAUUUGUUCUGGAGAAUGAUUACAGUGUCCUUCAUACCAUAAAUGUUAUCAUCUGGGUGUCACCAUUAGAGAAACUUCAUUUGAUCUAAAUGCAGAUCCAAUGAGCAGAAUGCUGUUAGAUUGGGAAACAAGGGUUCAAAUCAUUGAAGGGAUUACUCAAGGUCUUCUCUAUCUCCAAGAAUACUCGAGAUUAAUAAUAAUUCACAGGGAUUUGAAGGCUAGCAACAUUUUACUAGACAAUGAGAUGAAGCCAAAGAUAUCGGAUUUUGGCCUAGCAAGAAUUUUCCAAAAAGAUGAAUAUGAAGCAAACACAGACAGGAUUGUUGGAACAUACGGUUAUGUCCCUCCUGAAUAUGUAAAACGAGGUGUAUACUCCACGAAAUAUGACAUAUACAGUUUUGGAGUCCUACUUCUGCAAAUCAUAAGUGGCAAAAGGAAUAACUGCCUUUACGGUGUUUAUGACAACUUAAAUCUUCUUGAAUAUGCAUAUGAGCUGUGGAAGGAUGGUAAAGGAAAGGAGUUUAUGGAUCCAACACUGGAUGAUGCAUCUUCGUCUUGCAAACUCAUGAGAUGCAUGCUAGUUGCUUUGUUGUGCGUUCAAGAAAACGGGCUGGAUAGACCAUCAAUGUUGGAAAUUUCUUCAAUGCUGAAAAAUGAAACUGGAUCAAUAGCUACUCCUAGAAGGCCCGCUUUUUCAUCAUACACGGAUAAAAAUGUGGAGAAUACAUCGGAGAAAGAGGUCUUUUCCAUCAAUGAGAUGACAAUUUCCCAAAUGGUGCCCCGAUGACCAUCCAGGCCCCAAUGACAAAUCAUUCUUCAGUCAUCCUAGUCCUUCCUGCUCCCCCCAUAGCCCAUAAAGCGUGGGGGAGCUCUAGAGAGGUAGUGAUCGAAUACCCCAAUCAAUCUAAGGAGCACUCAGUCUAACAAGGGAGGAGUUUCAUCCCGCCAUUCCUAACUUUAGGAAGGAAUGGAGUAAGAGAUGCCUUUCUUACGCAGUCAUCCCUCCGUUCCUGACAGAAUUUAAUGUGCUCUUAGCCAUAUGCUAGAUGUCGUAAUGUGAACAUACAGCGCCAGGAAUGUGAAGAAAUCUAAUUUCAUAAAGGCUGAUGCUUAGACCAUACUGAUAUACAACAUAAUUGUACUUUCAGGUUGUAACUCAUAAGUAACGAGUGACAGUAGACUAACGAUAGUAUCUACGUCUGGUCUCUCUCCCUCUCUCUCUCUCU